AGGCGCUGCUAGUCCGCAGACUAACUUAAGACAUUACUUAUUCUAUCGUGUUUCCUCUCCAGAUUCUCUCCAGUUUACUAUUGUCAAGUCUGUUUGAACCUCAUCAUGUCUAACCCCACUAUCGUCUUCGCUCCUGGUGCGUGGCACACAGCUGAUUGCUACGAUGUCGUGCGAAAAGAACUCCACGCCAAGGGCUGGGAGACUGAGGCUGUUGAUUACCCCUCCGUGGGCGCUGAGCCUCCUACCAAGGGAUUGAGCGAUGAUGUCGCCGCUGUGCGAGCUGUUGUUGAGAAGUUGGUUGAGGAGGGCAAGAAGGUCAUGGUUGUUGUGCACUCGUACGGUGGUCUUGUUGGUGCUGAGGCUGUUAAAGGCUUGGGCUUGAAGCAGCGCGCACAGGAGGGUAAGCCAGGCGGUGUGAUUCAGCUUGUUUAUCUGAGCGCUUUCGUCAUGCCAAAGGGAGCUAGUAUUCUCGGGGCCCUUGGAGGACAGUAUCUUCCCUGGAUGCGAGUCGAGGGAGACUAUGUCUAUGCUGAGACCCCCGACAACGUCUUCUACCACGACGUUGAUCCUGAAACUCAAACCAAGGCCAUUGCUGCCUUGAAGCAUCAAUCUCGUCGCGUGUACACCGACAACGUCGAGUACGAACCAUGGCACGACGUUCCCUGCUUCUUCAUUUUCUGCGACGAAGAUCGUGCUAUUCCUUUGGCUAUUCAGGAGAAUCUGGCUUCUACGUUGGGUUCUGAUGCUGGAAGCUUCCACAUCAAGAGCUCUCACUCGCCGUUCCUGUCGCUACCUAAGGAGACGGUUGAGGGGCUAGAGAAAGCUGCUCAGGAUGGUUUGACCAAGAGCUCAAGCUAGAUGUGCUGGCGGCUUUUAUAUUAUAAAUUCAACGUUAGCGUAUUGAAAUCAUGAUUUGAUGGGAAUAUCAA